AAGGCAGAGUCUGAUCUGGAUUAUAUUCAACACAGACUGGAGUUUGAAAUAAUGAAAAGCCUUCCUGAUAAUCCAGGAGCAGAGGAAAAUCCAGUUGCUCUCUUGGAAGAACUCUCAAUGGUGAAAUAUCGUUAUAAAACGUUAUGUAUGCAGCUGGAAAAAGUUUCCAUAGAGCAGAGAGAAUCCAUGAAGGGCAUCCGUGCUGCUCUAGAGAACACAAUGAAGAUCGUUCAGGCAUUGCAGCAACAUACUGACCUUGAGCGUUUACCUCUGUCAGAAGAAGAACAGACUGCAGCACAGCAGUUAACCUGCCAAACUGUUAAAGAAAUGGAAUCGCUAGUGGAAGAGCUAUUUUGUUCAGGAUCUACAGUCCCAGGCUCAAGUGAAGAAUUGCAAUUCAAAGCAUUGACUGAGAAAAUACUUAUGACUGUACCAAGGAGUAUCAGAAGUACUCUUAAACUAGCAGACUUGAACAAUUUGUACUGGGAGUUAUUUAACCACUUUAUUGUAAAUAAGAACAGGGAAGACUUAAAAGCAGCACUGAGUGUUUCGCAGAUGAACAAGAUAAACAUGAAAGCCACUGACUCAAGAGUACGAGUCUUGAAAGAACUUGAUAUUGUGGAACUCGACAAGCAAGGAAAUGUUAAAUCAGUUGUGUGA